AAGGAUUUCGUGAAUUUCUUUUUUUUUUUUUUUUUUCAAUUUCUUGAAAAGAAGCGUGGGUUUGUUAAGCUUUAUGUGGUGAGCUGGAUCCACUCGCGGAGGGCAGACCCACCUUCAAUAAAAUAAUUAGAAAUUCAUAGGAAAAAGCUGGGAAGUGCUGAAAAUCAACUUGCAGAAAGAACAGAACGGAGCAGAGCAGAGCAGAGCAGGGCAGAGGGAAGAGAGAGAGAGAGAGAGAGAGAGAGAGCGAGAGCGGGCCUACCCGAGACAGGCCAAAGCAUGUCCUCAUUCUCAUCAUCAUAAAAAGCACAAAUUUUUUCUCUUUUUCUCAUAUUUUCUCUGCGACUUCUCUCACUUGGGUUUCUGGGUUUUUUCUACGUUAGGGGUUGUGUUCUGUUUUGCGUUUCGAAUUGUGUGUCUUCCUUUCAGUUAUGUAAUUCGGGUUUGGUUUUGGAUCGAAGUUUGAAGACAUGAAUCUGGGAUCGGCGGCGAUGGCGAGUUCGAGUGGGGGGAGAAAGGCGCUCGACGGCGGCGUUCUUGAGUUUCCGGCGGGUCUCCGUGUUCUGGUCGUCGACGACGAUCUCACCUGUCUCAAAAUCCUCGGAAGGAUGCUUGAAAAGUGUGCUUACGAAGUUACCUUGUGCAGUAGAGCAGAGGAUGCAUUGACAAAGCUUAGGCAAAACAAGAAUGGCUACGAUAUCGUUUUAAGCGAUGUCCACAUGCCCGAUAUGGAUGGAUUCAAACUUCUCGGGUGCAUCGGGCUGGAGAUGGACCUGCCUGUCAUCAUGAUGUCGGCCGAUGACGGAAAAAAUGUUGUUUUAAAGGGUGUGACUCACGGAGCGUGUGAUUAUUUGAUCAAACCGGUGCGUAUCGAGGCACUGAGGAACAUAUGGCAGCAUGUGGUUAGGAAGAAGAAGAAUGAGUGGAAGGAACCGGACCAGUCGGGGAGUGUGGAGGACGGGGAACAACAGCAGAAACCCUUGGAAGAUGCGGAUUACUCGUCCACAGCGAAUGAAACAAGUUGGAGAAACUCAAAGAGGAGGAAGGAUGAGGAAGAUGAAGUGGAAGACAAGGAUGAUACAUCUACCCUAAAGAAACCUCGAGUUGUUUGGUCGGUCGAGCUCCAUCAGCAGUUUGUUGCAGCCGUUAAUCAGCUAGGCAUUGACAAGGCUGUUCCUAAGAAAAUUCUUGAAUUAAUGAAUGUUCCUGGGCUGACUAGGGAAAAUGUUGCCAGCCACUUGCAGAAAUAUCGUUUAUAUCUUAGAAGGGUGAGUGGGGUAGCUCAGCACCCAGGUGGACUCAAUAAUGCUUUCUUGGGCUCCCAAGACACGGCCUUUGGACAGAUGUCCUCACUGAAUGGGCUUGACCUUCAAGCUCUUGCUGUCACGGGCCAACUCCCGGCUCAAAGUCUGGCUACACUUCAAGCAGCAGGCCUCGCUAGGUCUUCCACAAAGUCUAGCCUACCCAUGUCCUUCGUCGACCACAGGAACCUUUUUAGCUUUGAAAGUCCAAAGUUACGGUUUGGAGAAGGCCAGCAGCAACAACUGAGCAAUGGUAGCAAACAGAUGAACUUACUCCAUGGAAUCCCAACAAGCAUGGAGCUAAAGCAGCUUUCCAACUUGCACAAUUCUGCUCCGUCGUUUGGGAGUAUGAACAUGCAAGUCAAUGCUCACCCAAGCCAGGCUAGCUCUUUACUGAUGCAGAUGACUCAAUCACAGUCUAGGGGGCAGAUACUGAAUGAUUCUACGGGGGGACAUGUUUCUAGACUUCCAUCCAUAUCACAACCCAUGUUAUCAAAUGGGGUUGCUGGAGGAGUCUUGGCAAGAAACGGGCUUGUUGAGAAUGGCAGGAGUACAGGAUACAAUCCGGUUUCCCAGGCUCCUUCAAUGGUAGAUUUCCCCUCGAACCACGCCCCAGAAUUGCCAAGCAACUGUUUCUCACUAAGGGAUAAUCUGGGGAUAUCCAGUCUGAAAUCUAAAGGGGGGUUUCAUGAAGAUGUUAACUCCGAGAUAAAAGUAUCAAGAGGACUUGCCCCAAGUUAUGAUAUUUUCAAUGAGUUGCAUCAGCUCAAAACCCAAAACUGGGAAUUACCUAAUGUGGGCUUGAGCUUUGAUGCCUCUCAGCAUGCAAACUCUCUGCAACGUGCGCUGGACGGUUCACCAUCAGUUUAUGUCCAUCAAGGCUUUUCUUCUGGUCAAACAAGUGGACAGAACCGGAACACAUCCGGAGUUGGCAAAGCAGUCUUCUCGUCUGGAGAAGAAAUGGGACAUGUGAAUGCACAAAAUGCCAGUCAACACUUUAGCACCCUUUCUGACAAUUCAUCAAGGAUAAAGGUUGAAAGAAUUCCCGACCCAAGCUGUGGAUCUUCCCUUCUUCCUGAAAACUUCAGCCAAGAUGAUCUCUUGAGUGCACUUCUAAAACAGCAAGAAAGCAUGGGACCAGUUGAAACCGAGAUUGAUAUUGAUGGAUUUUCUAUGGAUAAUAUUCCCGUCUAGGACAACAAUCCCUGCAUCGCUUCUUUCCGGUGUUGCGGGUUCUGAUGUGUACAUAUUUGCUGCUCCAGAUGAAUUUGAUUUUUUUAUCAUCUGCAUUUGGAGGGUGGAGAUUCAACCUUGUCUAGUUCAAGGAACAGGAUUGCUCGUUUCCGGAUAGCUGCAUAUUCCUGCUGUGAAUAAUUUAGUGUGCUGCUUUUAUUUGGUGUUGAAAGACAGACCCAAAAGGAAAUGAUUCAUAAAUUAUGUUGGAAGAUGGAUAAGCAUGUAAGAUAGCAUGAUAUGCAAAGGCAUAUGUGCAAAAUUUUGAUUGCUUUUGGUGGCAGUGUCCAUCAGAAGCACAGCUAAUUUAGGGGUGCUUUUGAAAGAAAGGAGGAAUUGAUUUGUGAGCUUAAAUUCUUGAGUUGUGGAGAUGAGCUUUUGGAAAAGUUUGCAGACUUUUAGGGUUUUUCUAACUCUGAAAAACACGAGUUUGAGUUUGUUUUCUUUUUUUAAUUUAUAUAUUUUAGGAAUUGACUGCUGUACAUAUUCCAUUUGAUUGCAAAGACAUAAUUGCUGUUAUUCUUUUCCAGUUUGUCUCCCUGUACUUUACAGCUGAAAAGGUUCCAAUUUAUUGUUUCAUGAAUGGGAUAGAUAUGAUAUUUCUCACGGUGAAAA